CUGUCAGUCGCUGUCAGCGCAAUUGCCGGAAACACAAUCGCGCGCGAAAUGUAGCAAGCAUAUCUUUUGGAUUUAGCAAACUACUGGCACGAUUUUAACGCGUAUGUGUAUUUUACGGAUUGUUGAAAAUGAAGCUAAUUUGUGAAACUUGUACCAUUAACCGUACUGUGACGGGGGGUAAACGAGCAUUCGUGAAAACGAUUCUGGCCAUCGGAAAAGGAUCCGAACGUAAGACGGAUGAACCAAAAAUCAUGCUAAUAACCCGUGGGAACUCAAGUGGCAUCAAGUACAACGUGCUAAACAACAUAAGCAAACUAUUCACCAGCUUUCUAGACCAGGGAAAGGCAACAAUUUCGUUCAUUACGCCCUCCCACGAUGUACAGAUUAAAAGCGACAAAGUUCAGCUGCAAGCGUUUCUGAAAGUGCUAAAACUCGUGUUCACUGGCGGUGGCCAACAGGGGGCCGCGACUCCCAACCAACCUCUGUCAGCUCCGUUGCGAUUGCCGUGCCUUACAAUCGGCAAUAAAAAAUCGUCCCUUUUAAACUCACCGACCAUCCUGGCCACCAAAUGCGUGAUAACGAACCGCAAAGAUUACCCCACGAAAGGAUUUUCCCGGCUGCUCACAACGUUGCAAAUCUCCGACGUAAAGCUUUCGCGCUUUGACUCACAAAUAUUGUUGCUGCAGAAGCUUCGGGUUUUAAGUUUGUCAAAAAACUGUAUUCGAACCUUGCCUCGUGCACUUGGCCAGCUGCGUCUCAACGAGCUUGACCUAUCGAGCAACGAUUUGGCCACAUGCAACUGGGAGUGGCUGCUAGAAUCCAACAUUCAAUCAUCGCUAGUUCUCCUGAACAUUUCCGGCAAUGGGCUGUCCUUUCUACCGGUCAAUGUGAUUUAUGCGAGUAACCUAGAGACGCUGAUGGCGGAAAACAAUCACAUCCGCAAGCUGCCAUUUGCCCUUUGCACCCUGACCCGGUUGCGGAUCCUUUCACUGGCGAGUAACUGCAUCGAUGCUGUACCGGAAACCCUUGCCAGAAUGCGGCUGGACCGGUUGGAUCUAUCAGGAAACGAGCUGCAAACUCAUGGCGCUACUGUGCCGGAUUUGCGGAUGGCUGCCUCGGACACGCAACAUCGACAACCAUCCAGCCUGUUUGAAGCAGCAGCACGCACAGUUAUUUUAAGGAAAAUCCCGUACGCGUUUCCAGGGAAGCUGCCGUUCACCGUACUGGAGUUGUUGCGCCGUGCGCCUCUCUGCUGCUGUGGCCGGCCGUGCUUUAAUUCGAAAGUGUACCUUCGCUCGAAGGUGGUUAAGCCGAACUGUCACUAUACGAUCAUCAACGAAAAUCACCAGCUAUGGGCAGACUGUGUGUAUUGUAGUGAAAGGUGCUCACGGAAAAUGUACUGAUGUUCCAGAAUGGAACGUGAUAUUCCUGUGCUCA